AUGGCUGACCCACGUCUGCCCCCACUAUCGCCCAGCUGGCUGGCGGAAAGGGAGGCCGUCUUCGAGCAACGCUCUAACCGGAUAGCGAACGUGUGCCGCGCCUACGACGUGCGCAUCGGACGCGGCAACGUGACCAACCGGCCCGGCGUCGGGCCCGUGGAGCGCAUCAACGGCGACCACUUCGUCUCGGUACCGUCGCUGAACGUGACCGCCUGCCUGCUGGCUAAGGUGGCGUCCACAUCACUCCUCUCCACGCUGCUGAGGGUGACGGGGAAGGAGGUGCCGCAGUUGGAAGGUAACCGCACCAGUCUGCACGCGGCGGCCGGCGCGCUGCGGCUGCCACCCUCCCAGCUGGGCGCCAUGCUGCACCGGUCGCUGACCGUGCUGCUGGUGCGCCACCCGCUGCGUCGACUGGUCGCCGCCUACCGCGACAAGAUCGCCGGCCGACCCAACUGGCCGAUGCUGCACCACUUUGAGUUUCUCAAGUUCGGCUCUGUGCCAAAGUCGCAGCUCGGUCGGGAGCUGCGCGACGCGGAGAUGCAGGAGCACCGUCGCGAGGCGCUGAGCCGUGACGGUGUGCCCACGUUCGGUGAGUUCCUAGCGGUGGCGCUGCUGGGCGACCGGCCGCUGCGGGACGCCCACUGGGCGCCCUACUGGCGCUACUGCGCCCCCUGCCAUGUCCGCUACCGCAUGGUCGGCCAGCUGGAGACGGCCGGCGACGACCUGCGCUACCUGUGGCACGCGCUGCGCCUCUACUACUGGGUGCAGAUCCCGUGGCUGCACCGCUCGCGGCCCGAGCAGCAGCCAGAGGAGGGCCUGCAGAACCUGGCCGACACCUACCUGCGGCCGCUCGAGCGGCCCAUUAUGAUGGCCUUCAAACGAGAGUACAAACUCGACUUUGACCUGUUUGGAUACGACUGGGCCGGUCUGAUGAGGAUGUCGGGACAUUGUGUCAUCGGAGAUACAGGAUGUGACCUGCUGUAA